CAUACGAGUCUUGUCUGAUUCUCUGCUUCAAACGGAAUUAGCGGAGAUGGAGAUGAUCAAGGCUCGUGAAGCAGCGAGGUUGGAAGCUGAGAAGAGAAGGUUGGAAAUGGAAGUCGACUUGACUCAGAUGGUGCUUCAGACUCAUUUGCAAGCUACGACGUCGUUACUCGUCGGAGAACAUAAGAUUUCUCCGGCACAGAGGAAGAGGAAGAGAUCAGACGUUGAAGAACUUGAGUCCUCUACCACAAGGGAAAAGAGUUCAGCUUUGUUGGGAUUACUCCAACUUAACCUGAUUUUUUGGAACUCAUUGACCUGAAAACUACAAAAGUCAAUUGUAUCAUGUACUUUACUCUUUCAGUCUUUUGUUCAACCUCUAAUGGUUAAGUUUACCAAUACAAGCUGUGUUGUGAUUAGUUGAAUAAAAGAUGUGUUGUUUAGUCUUUUCUUCGAAUUUCAAUGAAUAAUUUUUAUUAAA